CAGUAAUCAGUGCAACAUAACAGUGACAUGAUCCAAGUUUUUAUUCAAAAUUCUGUUGAAAAUACAGAGUAAUUUGUAUUUUACUGAACAAAUUCGCAACCGGUAACAGUAAUUUAAUUAUACAGAAUGGUCCACGAGUAAUAAUCAGCCUGAAAUUUUUUUGAAGCAACCAACAUUAUAUUUUAUAGAUUACGUGGAUAUUAAAUAUUUGGUUCAAACCCAGAUCAAGGUGUGACAAUUUUUCUAUGAAAAAAAGUGUAGAAAAGGAUUGGCUUUCUGUAAAAAAAAGAUGGGUUUAGCGUGGUGCAGGCUAAAACCGAAUUCAAGCGACUCGAAAGCUCUAGAAGAAAUGUUUGGUUGGGGAAGUACAAUUCACGGUGAACUGGGCUUGGGGGGCAUUGAAGAGGAGCAUGUCUUCACCCCCAAGGCCCUUGACUGGUUUGAAGCAAAAUCUGUGAUGAAAGCUGCCUUAGGUGCAAACCAUACGCUGUUUUUGACCAAAGACGGGAAAGUGUAUUCCUGUGGAAGCAACGACUAUGGACAGUUGGGCCACGACCAGCCUAGAAAAAGGCCACGUAUGUCGCUAUUUAGACCAGAAUCAAACAAGCUAAUUUUUGCAGAAUUGGUCUCUGGUCUUGACGCAUACUCUAUCAUAAAUGUGGCCUGUGGCGAAAUGCACUCUUUGGCCUUGAGUCGUUGGGGCGAAGUUUUUUCAUGGGGCUCGGACAAUUACGGCCAGCUGGGCCACCAACUGGGGGGCACUUUACAAAUCGUUCCUAAACUAAUCAAAUCGUUAGCUAAGUAUCAGGUCGUUCAAAUAGCAGCAGGGCAACGACAUUCAGUAGCUUUAACCAAUGCUGGGGAAAUAUUUGUUUGGGGGGCCAAUGAUUUCGGACAACUGGGUCUAGGAACAAUAACGCCAUAUGAAUCAACACCAACCACCGUUUGUUCUUUAAGCGGCAUUCCGUUUGCGCUAAUUGCCUGCGGGGCGAACCACACUUUUGCUGUCUCAAAGUCGGGGGCUGUCUUCGGAUGGGGAAAAAACAUCAACGGCCAGCUCGGCUUAAACGACACUGUGUCAAAAAAAUUCCCCACUCAGCUGCGAACACUGCGAAACAGUCGCGUCAGAUUCAUUUCAUGCGGUGACGAAUUUUCCACUUUUCUCACCCUCGACGGCGGUGUGUUUUCCUGUGGGGCCGGAAUGUACGGCCAGCUGGGCCACGGUGGUACCUCAAACGAGAUCUUACCACGACAAGUAUUGGAACUGAUGGGUUCGACAAUAACUCAAAUUUCCUGCGGUCGGCAACACUCGUUAGCCUUCGUGCCGUCACGUGGACGGGUCUAUAGCUACGGGUUGGGUGGUGCCGGCCAAUUGGGUUUGAGGAAACCCAGUAACGCGUCCACGCCCCAGGUUGUGCUCGGGCCGUGGGUUUCCCCGAGUGGGGUGCCGGUGGUUCCCAACAAUGCGCCGGUAAAUACCGUGAUUAAUCGGAUUUACGCCGGCGGGGACCACUGUUUCGUUUCUGUGACUGAGAAAAAGGCGAAAAUUGAGCCGAACGAUUUUCGAAAUUACGAGCCGGAGAGCCAGAUUUUGACGCUGCGGGUGGAUAGGCUGGAGCCGUGCGCGAAAGUUGCGGUCAAUGGCCAGGUGGAGCAGGAGAUUUUGGCGUAUUUGGAGGUGGUUUUUAAGAAUCUGGCCUGUUGGAAUGCCUCGUUUCUAGUCGCUGAGCAUUAUUAUUGCACGAGUAAGCACCACGGGGUGGAUAUGGAGGAGGCCGAAAGGGCGUUUUCCAUAAUUGCGAAAAUUGAGCACGAAACGAUCAAGGAGCUCAUUUGGAAUCACGUUGUUAACGAUAUUUUGGGCCAACUGUUGCCUUCGCCUCCCGAUGUUGAGACGUUGAGAAUUUACCUCGUUUUGCCUCUUUAUCACGAAUUUAAUAAUCCGAAACAACACUUAAAGUUACAUAAGCCAUUCGCAAGUGCCCUUCUUAAGCUGGGCCCACAGGCGAGUAAAGUCGUUGGAAUGUGGUGGACGACAAUGAGUUGUGAUUAUUUUGAGCAUUUGAUACGCGUUUUCAAGUCCGUUGUGUCGUUCAUUUUGAGAAAUCAGAGAAUUCCGGAAAAUAAGACCGUUUUUUACGAUCCUAGUCUCGUAGCCAUGUUAGAUACCUUAACUUAUUUAAAUAAACUUAACCAUAGCGUGGAAGGUUUAAAAGUUCCAUACGAUACAUUCUAUAUCUCGGAUUUGUGCGAUUAUUUGGACGUUCGGGUGGAUUACGUCAUGUGGCUCACCGAUCCAAACACGGGGAAACUUUUUCUGUGUAAUUACCCGUUUAUCUUCGAUGCUCAAGCCAAGACUCAGCUCUUGGAGACCGAUCAGCGCAUUCAGAUGCAUAAAGCAAUGCAAAGCGCCGCUCAACAAGCCGUCUUAUCCAUGUUAUUCCGGCCGGCGGGCGUUCUAAGUAUUACCCAAUUUCUGGUUUUAAACGUCACUAGAGAUCACAUAGUGCAAGACGCACUCAGAGAGCUUAGUAACGUCGAUCCUGACGAUUUGAAAAAGCCACUUCGGGUGAAAUUUUGUGGCGAAGAAGCCGAGGAUGCGGGCGGUGUAACCAAAGAGUUUUUCCUCUUGUUGUUAAAAGAAAUACUCGAUCCGAAAUACGGCAUGUUCAAGGAGUAUGAAGAGACGAGAGCAUUGUGGUUUUCGGAAAACUCCUUCGAGGAGGAGCCGGUUUAUUUUCUUAUAGGGCUCAUUUGUGGACUGGCGAUUUAUAAUUUUACGAUAAUCGAUUUGCCGUUUCCCUUGGCUCUCUAUAAAAAAUUACUCAAUGAGCCGGUAGGGUUGGCUGAUUUGAAAGGACUAUCGCCGAUGAUGGCAAACUCCUUGCAAAGUAUUCUCGACUAUAACGAGAGCGAUUUCCAUUCGUUGUUUGAUUUGUGCUUUGAGAUAAGUCGCGACGAAUUUGGCGAGUCCAGAGUUGUGGAACUCAAGCCGAACGGAUCAAAUAUUCCAGUCACGCAAGACAACAAAAAUGAGUAUGUAAAUCUUUACGUUGAUUAUAUUUUUAACACCUCGAUUAAGAAACAAUACGAUGCAUUUCACCACGGUUUCAUGAAGGUUUGUGGCGGCCGCGUACUUCAACUGUUUCACUCGCAUGAGCUUCAAGCUGUUGUUGUCGGUAAUGAAAAUUACGAUUGGCACGCUUUGGAAGAAGUAGCAGAGUAUAAAAACGGAUACACCUCGUCUGAUAAGACAAUAAGGUGGUUUUGGGAAGUUAUCCACGAAAUGCCUUUAGAAGACAAAAAGAAAUUUCUGCUUUUUUUGACUGGUAGUGAUAGGAUUCCGCUUCAAGGAAUGAAAGCAAUCAAAAUUAUUAUACAACCAACAACUGACGAUAAAUACUUGCCGGUGGCCCACACGUGUUUCAAUUUGUUGGACCUCCCGAGGUACAGCACCAAAGAAAAGCUCAAGUAUAAGCUGAUGCAAGCGAUCCAACAAACGCAGGGAUUUUCGUUAGUCUGAUUCAUGUGAGCUUUAUUUUUCCAUUGUUACCAAUUUUUUAUUUUUUGUAUUAAAUUAAGUAGUCACACGAUUGACUUUUCUUAUUAAUAUUGUAUGAAAAACGCUUAACCGUUGCAGCGCAUUUAGCUUGCGUCACGAACAUUGUGAAAAAAUCACACGUAUUUUUCUAAGAUUGUUGUGAGUUGAAUAUAUUUUGUAAACGAUGAAAUAAAACCGUUUAUUUUCAUAA